AUGAUGAAAUUCGCUUGGGAUAACUACAAACAAUACGCACUUGGAAAAAAUGAACUGCGACCGCUGACUAAGAAUGGCCACAUCGGGAACAUGUUUGGAGGCCUUCGAGGAGCGACGGUGGUAGAUGCCUUGGAUACUCUGUACAUCAUGGAACUCGAGGAGGAAUUCCAAGAAGCAAAGAAGUGGGUGGAGAACAGCUUUGACUUGAAUGUGAACGGAGAAGCAUCCUUGUUUGAGGUGAACAUCCGCUACAUUGGAGGACUGUUGGCCACGUACUACUUAACCGGAGAAGAGGUGUUCAAGAGUAAAGCUCUGGAACUUGGAGAAAAACUUUUGCCAGCUUUUAACACCCCCACUGGUAUCCCACGUGGCGUCAUAAAUCUGGGCAGUGGCAUGAGUUGGAGCUGGGGUUGGGCAUCUGCUGGAAGCAGCAUCUUAGCAGAAUUUGGCACCUUGCACUUAGAAUUCCUGCACCUCUCGGAGCUCUCUGGCAACCCAGUGUUUGCAGAAAAGGUGAUGAACAUCCGCAAAGUCCUGAACAGAAUUGAGAAGCCACAGGGCCUUUAUCCCAACUUUCUCAGCCCGGUGACAGGGAACUGGGUGCAGCACCAUGUCUCCAUUGGGGGGCUUGGGGACAGCUUUUAUGAAUAUCUCAUCAAAUCUUGGCUGAUGUCAGACAAGAAAGACACCGAAGCUAAAAAGAUGUAUGACGAUGCACUAGAGGCAAUAGAAAAGCAUUUGGUCAAAAAGUCCGCUGGAGGAUUGACCUACAUUGCUGAAUGGAGGGGUGGCGUCUUGGAGCACAAAAUGGGCCACUUGGCCUGCUUCUCUGGGGGCAUGAUAGCGCUUGGAGCUGAACACGCUGGAGAAGAGAGGAAGCAACAUUACGUGGAUCUCGCUGCAGAAAUAACAAACACAUGUCACGAGUCUUACGCACGCUCAGAUACCAAACUCGGCCCUGAAGCCUUUCGCUUUGAUGCUGGAACUGAAGCCAUGGCAACCAGACUCAGCGAGCGCUACUACAUCCUACGCCCAGAAGUGGUGGAAAGCUACAUGUACAUGUGGCGGCUGACACACGAUCCCAAGUACAGGGAGUGGGGCUGGGAGGUUGUGAAGGCCCUGGAAAAACAUUGUAGAGUAGAAGCUGGUUUUUCUGGCAUCCGAGAUGUUUACAGCACACCUCCACUCCAUGACAACAUGCAACAGAGUUUUUUCCUCGCAGAGACUCUGAAGUACCUCUAUCUUCUGUUCUGUGAAGAUGACGUGCUGUCCCUGGACGACUGGGUGUUCAACACAGAGGCUCACCCCCUGCCAAUCAACCACACGAACUUUAAAACAAGUGUGCAGUAGUGAGGCCAUUGCCCAGCACCCUGCUUCUGCAGCCUCGACGGGUUACUGCAUUUCCUUUCCAUUAAAGGAAUUCACGUUGUUCCUAAAAUGGUAUUUUGGGGCACUAGUCCAAUUCCGGACAGUAUUAUUCUGGGAAGAUGAAACCACGACGUAAGCACCUUCUUUUCCUCUGUGAGGAGCUCUAUUAGCCUGAUAAUGAGAUGAUUAUUCUGGGCCAUAUUGUACACAGUUCAUAGACAUUCCUUUAUACAGAGAAUUUAUAUGAAAUCCACUGACUUUGCUUUAUAGUGGCCAAAGGACUGGAAGUUUGCCAUAAAAUAGACUU